CCCACUUGACAUAAUUCCAGUUGUUGACAUCAAGGAUGGUAACUUUGAUAUAGUUAUUGCUGUUACAGACAGAUUAGAAUCAUUGACAGGUAAUCUGGAGUCACUUCAAGCCCCUCUGGGAAAUUAUUCGCAGAAUGACAAAGCUUUUGACAAGCAGCCAGUUUUAAUUCUUACUGAUGCAGUGCCUUCUGGAAGACUGAUAUAUUCUGCAACUGGACCACUUGACAGAGAUUAUGAUGAUGUAAGACGCUAUGCAGAUGCUGCAGAGGCUGGUAUCAAAAGAGCCUUAAGUGCUGGGAGUAAACGUCCACUGUUAGUAUGUCCUUUGGAUCCGAGGUUUGAGAAAGCUGGGAUUGUUGCAAGCCUUGCUGUAUUGCAAGCUCUUUACGUGCCACUAGAAUUACGUGAAGCAGGAAUUGGACCUCGUGUUGAUAGCUUGGGUGUGUGGUUCAGUGACCAGAUGGACAUGGAUGAAAUUGUCAUUGUUUUAAAAGCUCUCGAAAGUGGACGUAUUGUGACACGUGACAUUGGAGGUUCAGAUCCUGAAAGAAUGGCACCUCCAAAAGUGGAAGAGUACUUACUAGAAGCUUUCUCGGGAAGUAGCAUUGUGAUAAAUGUGACCAGUGAUGUGAAUCUUUUACAGAAAGACUAUCCUCUUCUGAGUGCAGUCAAUCGAGCUGCUCAUGCGGUAGACAGACACAGAGCUCGCCUUAUUUUCAUGGAAUACACUGGUGAUGGUAACAUCAGCAAAACACUGUUCCUGGUUGGAAAG